UCCCCCUUCCCCACCACCACCUUCCUCGGCCACCGGCGGCGGCGACAAUGGUGCAGGGACGCCAGGGCCAGCGCGUCAGGCUCUACGUGCGGGGCACCAUCCUGGGCUACAAGAGGUCCAAGUCGAACCAGUACGAGAGCACGUCGCUGCUCCAGGUGGAGGGGGUGAGCACCAAGGAGGACGUGUCGUACUACGCCGGCAAGCGCAUCGCCUACGUCUACAAGGCCAAGACCAAGAGCAGCGGCACCACCGUCCGCUGCAUCUGGGGCAAGGUCACGCGCCCCCACGGCAACUCCGCCGUCGUGCGCGCGCAGUUCCGGUCCAACCUCCCCGCCACCUCCAUGGGCAAGAAGGUCCGCGUCUUCAUGUACCCCAGCAGCACCUAAAGGGCGCGUAGCACAGUUGUGCGUGAGGCGCGCAAGGGGCCGGGCAGGGCGGUGCUGCGACGAUGGCCUCUGGCGAGGCAUAGGUGUGUUGGGUGGAGCUGCAUGGUUUUGCGCCGUGCUGGGCGAGUUGGGAGCAUCUGGCGAGGCGCGAGCGGCACAAGGGGUCCGACAGUGACACUGUGCGGGUGCACAAGGGACUGGGAUCUAUCGUCUGGAGGUCGUGCAGUGGCACGGGGAGGUGCUGCUGUUGGUGCGGCAUGGUGGAGCAGUCUUGUGGUGAUGGAGCACGGCUGCAUCUUUGUCCGUCGAAUCUGCUGUCUCUGUCCUCCGGUGGGCACGCGUAUGGAGCUUGGACGUGGCUGGAAACCGAGGUGGUUCUUGCCCUCGGGUUGCACACCUCUGGUCACUCGCCGGCAUGGUUCUCGGCAAGGCAUGGUGGUUUGUGCUGUGUCCGAUGGCCUGGCUUCCGGUCGACGGUUGACAGAUUUAACGGCUGGCGCUGCAUGUGGCCGCCCGUUGGCCUCCGCAAGGUGUGGUUGGUCUCUCCGGCGGCGGGCUUCUUUGACUUCGGUGGAGUUGUUGAUGGCGGUGCGGGUAGGAUGUUUGGAAGCUUUGGUGAAGACCCUGUAUGUCUUGGCUUCGGUAGGUGACCGGUGAUUGCGGUGGCUGUGGUCGUUGUAGACCUUGGAGGCAUGCAGCAUUGCUGUCGCACCCCUCCCGCAUAGAUUCGGCUCCGGGGGAAACCCUAGAUCCUUUGUGAUCGGACGUUGGUGUCGUUUCCCCUCUCGACGGCUUCUCCGUGGAGUUGGGCAUUAGCAGGAGGGACCAGUGCUGUUGUCGUCGAGGCUUCUGUGGGAAUGGUGUCGCAGGGAGCGAUGUAGGAGACAUGACAUUGGUUGAGGUAGUCGGCUCUUUCUUCGAUGUGUUCGUGGAAUGGCCUAGGCUGGUUUGUUGCUGUGAAGUCGGCGGCGUACGAUGACGAGCAGUAGGUGUCCGUUCGGUGAUCUUCCACGACGCCAGCCUUGCGUGACUUUUCUUCGUAGCUCUCGGUCGGCGUCAGAGCUAUGAUGUCUUGUCGUGGUGGCUGAGGUCCGGUGCGGAUCUGCAUGUGACUUCGCAGGUCCAGUGUGGGUUGGUUCCAUGAUCGUCUAUGGUGAAGUCGGAGUUGUUUCUUAGAGUUUGCGAUGGCGAUGAUGCCUCUAGGAGAGAAGUGACGAUGAUGGUGUCGUUGUGCUGUCUUGAUGAGACCCUCUUCGAAGUGGCACGUGUGGGUGCCGCUUAGCGGUUUGUGAUGGUUAACUCCAGGUCCAAUAGAAGCAAGCCCUACGGCCAAUCCAGCAGCCAUAACAGCAGCAGCAGCAAUUAGUGGAUUCAUGGUGAGUAGUUCCUCGUGCAUUGCCCUUCUUCACUCACGCGAUAUUGCUGGAUCGGGCUUUCGCCCAUUGUCCAAGAUUCCCCACUGCUGUUUUCGUCUGGUGUUUCAUUAACUAACUGAGCAACUCUCUUGUGCUUAAUUAAUGGACGAGACAAUUUUUUUUGCCUCCGUUGCCAAAAACAAGCUACUCAUCUGUAUCAAAAUAUAAAAUGUUUUUGCAGUUCAAUUUGAGCUGCAAAAACGUCUUAUAUUUUAGUAGAGAGGUAGUAGUUUCUUUUGCCACGAGUUUGAAUACAUGUUUUUGAUUGCAUGCCAUGUUUCAAUUUUUUUGGCGGGACCAACGCUUUCAAUUUUCUUAAUUGGAAAGGGCACACUGGCUACUCCAUUUGGAUAUUUAUAAACUUUAUAAGUUGUACUGUAUGCUGGCAUGGGGGAGAGUGAUAUCGUUUGACGGCCGGCCGACCAAAAGUAGACGAUUUAUUUAUUUUUGUUGGUGAUUUUGGAAGUUUGCUGCUGCUUGUUGUCUCUUACUUCCUCCGUUCUAAAAUAUAGUGCUUCCUCUAUUCUUGUGUUUCAACUUUGAUCAUAGAUUUAACCAAUGAGACCGACUGCGGUGGGAUCAAAAAUUAUACCAAUGAAUUUGUAUUUAAAAGACGUUUUCAAUUAUAUAAUUUUUUCUCU